CUGAGUGCACAGUUGAGUCGAGCGGGGGAUUCGCCGGCAAGCCGGGAUGUUCGCUCUCUGGCUCGGCCUGUCCUGCCUGCUGCCCCCCGCGUCCGGCUCGCCCUCCUCCGGCGGCGGGGAACCCGGAGCCUCCAACGGCGUCUGCGGGCCCGACUCGUGCUACACCGCCCACCUGCGGCGCCGCUCCUUCACCCAGGCGUGGCGGGCGUGCCGGGAGACCGGGGGCAACCUGGCCAGCGUGAGGCGGCGAGCCGAGGCGGCGCUGGUCGAGGAGCUGGUUCGGGGCUUGGAGCUGCCGGGCCGGGGGAAGGCGCUGAAACUGUGGCUCGGUCUCCAGCGGCAGCCCCGCCAGUGCGCCCCCCGCAAGCCGCUGCGGGGCUUCACUUGGACAACCGGGGACCAGGAUACCCGCUUUACCAACUGGCUGGGGGACGGGGCGGGCGAAGGGGAAGACGGGGGGAUUUCCUGCCCGGCCGCCCGCUGCGUCGCCCUGACCUACGGCGCCGGGGACGCGACCGACUUCAAGUGGGUGGAGGGUUCGUGCCGGCUCUCGGUGGACGGCUAUCUCUGCCGGUACACCUUCCGCGGGAUGUGCCCGCCGCUGGAGGCUUUCGCACCGGUCACCUACGCCGCCCCGUUCGGCUUAACCUUAUCCAGCCUGCGCCGGGUCCCCUUCGGCUCGGUGGCCACCGUGCGCUGCGCCCCUCCCCAGGCUCCCGUCUCCGUCCUCUGCAAAGCGAGGGAGGGCGGAGUCGGCUGGUCUCGGGAUCCCCCUCACUGCCGGAGUCCCGGGACGGAGCAGGGCGGGCGGUGCGCCGCGGGCGGCUGCGAGCAGCUGUGCACGGAGAGCGGGUCUUCGCACCGGUGCGGCUGCCGGGCCGGCUUCGAGCUGGCGCCGGACGGCCGGUCGUGCCGGGACGUGGACGAGUGCGCGCUGGAGCCGUGCCCCCAGCUCUGCACCAACGCCCCGGGCUCGUACACGUGCCUCUGCGCCCCGGGCUACCGGCUGGACGGGGGCGAGUGCCGGGACGUGGACGAGUGCGCGCUGGGACAAUGCCCGCAGCUCUGCGCCAACGCCCCGGGGUCCUACCGCUGCUUCUGCCGGGUGGGCUACCGGCUGGAGCGGGAUGAGGGGGGCGUCGGCUACUGCCAAGACGUGGACGAGUGCCAGUUCCGGGGCAGCUGCCAGCAGAUGUGCGUCAACUACUUGGGGCAUUUCGAAUGUCACUGCCGGGAGGGCUUCGUCCUGGAGCCGGACGGGUUCUCCUGCCUGCCGGAACCUGAGCGCGCCAGCCUCCCCUCCUUCCCGACCGGGACCGUGGACGGGUGGCGGGAGGCUGCUGCGGAGACAGGGCGGCCCUCUCCCUUGCCCACUCGGCAGCCAGUGGGGAUGGGACGAUCUCCUGCCGUGCCUACCGGGGGGCCGGCCGAGGUGGGACCCCCUCCUUCCCGAUCUACAGGGCAACCCGGGGUGACGGGCCCAACCCCUUUCACAUCUACAGGACGACCCAAGGUGAAUGGCCAAGUCAGUCCCAUCUCCACGGGACAACCCCAGGUACAUGACCCGCACGUCCCCGAUUCGAUGGAACAAUCCGGUCCCAAAUCUCCAGGGGAAAAGCCCCUUCCCCAGUCUACAAGGCACCCCAAGGAGAUGGUAUAUCCUCCUGCCCAGGCUACAGAGGCAUCGGUGCGGGCGGGACCCCUCCUCAACCACAGCAGCGCCCACCCCGCAGAGCACCCCAGCCCGGCCGGCGACUCGGAUGGGGAGGAGGGCCGGCAGGUGAAGGCGGGCCCCACCGCACCCAGCCGCGGGCAGAGCUCCCGGGGCUACCGCUGGCUGCUCGCCGCCCUCCUCGUCCCGGUGUGCGUCCUCGGCGCGGCGGCGCUGGCCCUGGGCAUCGUCUACUGCACCCGCAGCGCCUGCGGACAGGCGCGCAGCGCCGCCGACUGCUACCGCUGGGUCCACGGAUCGCCCAAGGUCCCCGACCCCGUCACCGGCUCCGCCAACGUCAGCAGCGCCGUGUCCGUCGCUGACACACCGGGGGCGGCGCCCGCUUGGCGCACGGACGUCAGCUCUCUCUGAACUGGACACUGACCUCCAGACCGCCACUGGACUCUCUCAGCUGACACACGACGCUCGCUGGCGAUGGGCGGAGGGACGAUUCAGAGGGACACCGCCCCUCGGAGGACUGACAAAGAGCAAGUUCUUCUUCGACCGCUGACUAAACAACCCCCCACCCCGCAGACCCUUAUUGACUCUUCGUUGGACGUUGGACACCGAGAUGAGGCCCAGCCGGAUCAGAUUUCCCGAAGGCUAUCGAGAUCCUUUCUCUGCGGUGGCGACUGGGCUGGACUCCCCUUCCCUUCUCCAUCGCCACCGGCAACACUGGGCAUUUCCAGGAUGGCGCCGGGGAGGGCAGAGGUCACGGGUUCAUGAGCUGACCUCCCAUUGGCCGGCCUGCUCAGGCCCACCAGCUCCAUGAGUGGCCGUGGAGUGAGGAAAGGAGGUGGGGGUAAAAAGGGGCACUCCUUGGCCCUGGUUGAGGGAUGAGAAGGGAAAUGGUGGGGAUGGAGAGGUACAGAAGGGGUGGGGCCCAAUUUUCUUGAAUCCACGGGUCAUCAGACCUUCCUAGUUCCCCACCCAUGGGGUAUAUUUGGGGAGUGCAGAUUCCCAUCCCCUCCUCCUCCCCCCCCCAAUCAAUUUUUUCCCCCGGGCAUUCAGAAGGAGGGUGCAGAGGGAGCCUAGGGAGGGAGCCAAAGUGUGCGCAGCAAGAUUCCACAAGCCGGGCUCUUGGUAAUGAGGGUGGGGUAUCUGUUUCACUGACGCUGGGCCGGGAGGGAGUGCCUCGCUGUGGUAGGUUACGCUGAGGAGGGAUCCUCGCACCGAGGGAGGGGUGGUGAAGGGG